AUGUCUCCCAAAAGCGAGCCAGCGACGGGAAAACAAGACUCCGACUCAACAGUAGUUCGCCGAGUAAGCCCCAACAUCACAACUAUCAGCAUUCCAUUCGCACAGCUGGGACUUCUCAAAACAGGUGGGCGGACUACUAUCGUGCAGCUUCAGUCCGGCUCGCUUGCCGUCAUAUCGCCAGUCAGAUUGACGGACGUCGUGUGCGAUGCACUCGUUGCAACGAACGGCACAGUCAAAUAUAUUAUCGCCCCAAAUCUGGAGCAUUACAUGCAAAUUGGUUCUUGGAAAGCAGAAUUUCCCAGUGCAUGUCUCAUCGUCCCUGAAGGACUGCCCGAAAAAUGUGCCAAAAAACUUGGGCUAGGUCAGGAGAUAUUUGACAUUGUUUAUACUGCGUUGGAAAGCCAGAAACGCAUUUCGGAGGAAUUUGACAAUGAAUUCGAUGUACAAUACAUCGAUUCCAUGGAUUCUCAUGAAAUUGUCAUGUUUCACAAGCCCACUCAUACAGUCAUUGAGGCGGACCUUUUAUUUAACGUACCCGCUGUCGAGCAAUUCUCCAAGUCCGGCCAAUCGCCAACCUCUGGGGUUUUCACAAAGUUGGUCUCCCCAAUCUUCUCUACUACGUAUCCAGCGACAUGGCAGAAACGCCUGGCAUGGUAUAUACUGGGAGCAAAAGACCGUGUCGCCUUUGCUGCGUCGUUGCAACGGAUAUUCUCCUGGGAUUUCGAACGUAUUAUACCUUGUCAUGGAGAUGUCAUUGAAAGUGAAGCGAAGAAAGUAUUCGGCACUAUUUUCGAGUGGUAUUUGAAUGGGGAGAACAAACGUCUGUAG